GUUUCCGUCGACGUACCCGCUGGCUGGUUGAUCAUGGGAGCUGCCGCGUCCAACUACGUGUACAAUGAGGCGACGUCGCUGAGCACGCUCAUCGGGUUCUCCAAGGACCCGCGGACGGCGCUGCUCAACGCCCGGGACCACUACGGGGACAUCUUCCUUGUCGAAAGCGCGUUCGUGUCGACCAAGAUCGCGGGGUUGUGCGGCCCCGAAGCGUUGAAAGAGUUUGAAGCCAAGCUGCAAGACGGGUCAUUGGUGAAGCAAGGUGCGUUCCCUCCAUCGAUCCUUGCAUUGCUCGGUCCCAUCUUGGUGACGCUGGACGGAGACGUCCACCACGCGAAAAAGGCGGCGCUGCUCAAAGCGUUGUCCCCGGCGCAAUUGGACGUGUACAAACCUAUCAUUCGUCGAAUCGUGCAAACCGAACACAGCAAGUGGGCGGCACACGGCGGCGCGAUCUCAUUUGCGGUCAACACCAAGAUCCUCGUGUUCAAAGUCCUCCUCGCCGUGUUGUACGGUGUCGAAGGCGAGUUCGACACGUACAGACGGUACGUCGACGACUACGUGACGGCGAUCAAGCAGUCCGCCAAGGUCACCGACGAACACGGGGUCACAUGUCGCGCCAAGUUUAUCGCCGAGAUCAUCGCGCCCGCCAUCGCCGCGGCCAAGGCAAACCAAACAAAACGACAGCAGCAACCACUCAACUCGGUCCUUGAUGUGCUCGUAGCGACUGGCGACUUGACCGACGACGAUGAUCUCCAGAACGAAAUGUUCCACUUCAUGUUUGCAGGGUUUGGCGGCGUGUCGGCGGCGGCGACCAACCUCAUCACGGCCGUAUGCGUGUUCCCUGACAUCCGAGCCAAGGUACUUCGUGCGCGGGACGACUUUUUACGUCAGUAUGAUGGCCGCGACGAGUCGCCGUGGAAUCACCUGGACGAGAUGGGGUACCUAAACCUGUUUGUACUGGAAGUGAAGCGAUACUUUGUUGCUGGGCCCACUCAAGUGUACGCCAAGGCGGCGCGCGAUCUCGACUUGGUCACGUCCACCGGAGUGUUUCGCAUCCCCGAGGGGGCGCUCGUCAUGGCUGGACUCGAAGCAACCAAUCGCGACCCUGACACGUGGCCGUCCCCAGACUCGUUCGACCCGACGCGGUUCACGCAAGCCGACGUCGACGGCAUGCACAUGACGCGACCGUUCUCAUUCUGCCCCCACGGGUUUGGCAGCCAUCGCCGGUGCGCCGGAGAGCAACUCACCACCGUGAUCAUGCAGUCCGUGCUGGUGUCGCUGUUUGACUUUACGUGGAAAAUGAUACCUGGUCAAGAGUAUGCGCUGCAGCCGCAUUCAGUCACGGCGGUCCCGAUUGGACAACUCAUGGGUGUGAACUUUCACAGACGACUGAACGAGGAUGAUCCAUCGACUCCGGAAGUUGAGACCUAUGGCAUCGUGGGCACCCAAGACGACUGGAAGUUCUUACGACGCCCCGAUGUACAGGAGCUUACGGGCGUGAAUGCGGCCGAGUACUUUGACGAUUCUCGGCUGGACUUAUGGACGAGACUUAUGAUUCAGUUGAUUUCCAAGAAGCAGACGCUGUGGAACCGCCCAUAUGCCACCACGGCGCUGUCUGUUCCCCAGCACCAGCAAGUUCUGGACAAAAUCACACUAAUUCAGACCAACAUCCAGAUUCCCAUCGUGGACGAAGACUGGCCGUGCCAGCCGUGGCUCGAGAUCCAGCAGACCAAUCUAUUGAGAGACCACGCUCCAUUCGUCGACGACUUUAGUCACUUGUGGCUCCCAGCAGAAGACGGAGAGCGCUACGUUAUGAGCAAGGUGGGACAUAUGUGGCCUCGCGUGAAUGUGCAUUGGAACGAUCGGUAUUCGGAUCGGGCGCUGGAAUUGCUCGUGUUUCACGGGUUGGGGUCGCAUCUGGUGCAGAAGUUGCCCCAAGCCCACGCUGAUGGCUCGUAUUAUGGCGUGUUGCUCAACGUGAUGCAAGGGCUCGAAGUUCGGCCAGGGUUUGCCAAGUACGGCGCAGAUGCUUUUUUCAACAAGCACGGGAAGUUGGUCAAGAUCCAGCGCGGCGACAAAACGUACACCAACACGCACGACGACUGGGCGUAUAUCAAAAUGACGUUUCGGGGCACGUUGAUGACCAAGGUGACGGCAGUGGACCAUCUGCUGGGGGUGCAUGUGACAGCGGCCAACUACUUGGUCACAGCUUCGCGGGAGAAGCUACCCGUGCGCCAUCCACUGCGCCGCCUGCUCAAACCCUUUACAUUUCGGUCCGUGUCCAUCAACUACGGCGCCGGCCGCGCUUUAUUCUGGCCCAAUGGGAUGCUUCAACGGGCUUUUGCAUUGACAACAGCCGGGAUGAAGCAAACGUGGGAGUUUGGGCUGACUCAGUUUGAGUAUGCCACGUUCCCCGAGACGAUGGCCAAGCAAGAGAUUGAUACGCUCACGCUACCGUUUCACCAAGAUGGGCUCGAUUAUUGGCACAUUGUGUACAAGUUUGUGGCCAACUAUGUGGAUUUAUACUACCCCAGCGACGACGAUGUUGCUAUGGAUGUGGACGUUGGCAAGUUUUGGCGGUACAUGGGGGAAUUAUCCCCCGCGCCCCUGCCCGACCUGACCAAAUCCCAUUUGAAAGACUUUAUGUCGCAGGGAAUUUUCCUCGUCUCGAGUAUGCACAAUCACCUGGGCACGAUCGCAGAGUACGUGAGCGAUCCCGCGUUUUGCCCAUCCGCGUGGGUCGAAGGAGAGCUCAGUGCGCGACCAGGCAACGCCGUCCGCCUCGCUUUGAUCAUGUCUGCGACAGGGUUCACCCAGCCCUCCAUCACUGAGGAUUUCUCGCACAUUAUGCUCGACGACAAGGCCAAAGCCCUCGUCAAAACGUUUACAGCGGACCUAUACGCGCAGAUCAAGGUCGUGGACGCCCGCAACGCUAACCGCGUCCAGCCAUUCCAGUCGUUCAACCCCAAAGCGAUGGAGAUGGCGGUUAGCAUCUAAGAAGCCACGUUAUAUAUUGUCGAUUUUCUUCAAAGUUCCCAA